AUGGGCUCGGAUUCUGCAGUGGUUUCCCAGCUCUGCUUCAGCCCUGCCUGGGAUUUAGAAGAAGAACGUCGGGCAUUGAAAGAAGAUCAAAAAAUAUGUCGGAGUAGGGCACAGAGAUAUUUGAUAGAGACAAACAGAAGAAGAAGAGCAUUUGAAGAAAAAUGGAAGAAAGAAGAAGAAAAAGAACGAAGGCUUAGAGAACAAGUUCUGCAGCAGAGGAAAAUGAAACUUCAGGAAGCAACUGAUAAGUUCCAGCGUGCUCACCUGCGUUUUUCUCAGCACAAGCAAAUAGUCCAGACAAAAGCAGCUCUUCAAUUAGAAGAAGCUCUUGAAAAAAUUAAAGGAUCUGUUUUAACACCAGGACUGUGCUUGCCCAGCAGAAACAAAGCCAACUUCAGAACCACAGAUGACACUUCAUCCUCAUCAGCAUCUAGAAACGAUUCUUGCCGUCAGAAGCAGAUUUCAGCAAUGGAAGGCUGGGAUGAAACAGUACAAGAGAGCAGCAGAACAAACGUGGAUAGUAACCAACUUCUCUUCCAGAAAAAUAUGAAAGAAAUACAGCAACUCCUUGAAAAACAGCAUCUCAGCAACUUGGAGAAUUUUCAUCAAGAAGUCAAGAAAACAGAUGAUUCAGAAAGCUUGUCAAGCCCUGACAGUCUUGAGACUGGAGAACAAAAUGGAAAUUACACAAUGCCGAGUGAAUCAUCUUUGACUGCACAGUGUGACUGUGCCCUGUACAGUCAAGAAAAAUCACAGACUAGGAAUAAUGGCUUGCUUUGUAGAGCUCAAAGUACUUCUUCUAAAAAUACGCAUCUAAAUAAUUGUCUGAGAAAUGUAGAUUUGCAAAACCACCACAACUUACCUGUUCAUGAUCUUUUAGCUAAACAUAAUGUUCUAACUCCCGCUGACCAUGUAAACAGUUCAGAAGAGGAAUCAUCUGCUUCUCACAGAUUUGGAAAAAAACCUGCAGAGUUCUCUGCCUCUGGUGAGCAAGAAAGCUCUGUAAGUAAUGCAUUUAGUUUUCUGCAAAAUUUAAAAGAAGAAAGAAGCAAGCCAUCCUCUGGAACGGCUAGCACAUUAGCCUCUGGUCAUCCUGGUUUCAAUCCUAGCAAAGCCGGGGCCAGCCCUGCCUCUGUUCCAGAAGAAAGAGUUCAAGAUCUGAUGCAAGAUCAGAGUUUUCAAAUGACCCCACAAAAACGGACUGUAUCUGUGCAAACCUCCAGUCAACCUAUUGCAACAUCUAUAGUCUUAUUUCCUAAUCAGGGGUGUUCCACUGGCAUUCCCAGCACAGCUGAUGCAUUACCAAAGGACAAAAACAUCAGUACAGAGUUUUUUAAAAAUACCUCAGGAAAAAUGACUGAAAAAAAAGAAAAUACUAAAUGUAUUGAUGACAUUAAUCCAGGACCAUCUUUAUUUCAGGACAUAGCAAAAGUCCCAGUUCUGUGCGAUGUUAAACAGAAUAACAAACAGGAAGAAGAGGUAAAUAUGGUAGAAAUUAUACCACUGGUGUCUGAUAUGGAGUUAAGGUCUGGCCCUCCUGCACAGCACAAAACCCUGAAAAACAAUAUUCUUGAAAGUAAAAGAGCAAGAUUAUUCACAAGUAUCUUGAAGAAGGAAUCUAAAUAUGGACCCAGUCAUUUCAAACCUGUGGUUAUGAACCAUGAGACCAGUUUUGGAACUCGACCCGUGUCUUCUAUCAGAGACAGUUUAGAACUGGGAAAAGUAAAAAUGAAAAGUGCAGACAAUGAAAAAUACAGUAGAAAGCUAAGAUGGUGUGAUCAAAUUAACCGGGUAAUAAUGGAAAAUAAUGAAAAAUGCUAUGAAAAAAACACCAGUGAAAUAUCUCCUGCACAGCUGCAAUAUUUUCAAAGUACAAAUAAUACUCCUAAGACUAAUUUAAGUAGUGUUGCUCAACCUUCAAACCCCGUGUUCAUGAAAAGUCAUCAGAAAAACUCUCGUCUAUCAAAACCAAAUGUUAAUACAGAAGAAUCAAAUAAAGAAUGCACAUCUCUGAAUACAUUUAUGUCUACUGGAUCCUUUUCUGCUAAAAAAGCUUGGAUGGUAUCAAGAGAUGAAGAAAGUAAACUCCCAGUAUGCAGUAAUAAUUCUAAAAUUAAUGAAGUUAGUCAAUUCAAGUAUAAGGCAAAAAUAACAAGACCACCAAGCUCUGUAAGAGCCCAGCCAAGUGUUAUGCCCAAGAAGAGAACAGGCACCAUAAUCCCACUGCAGUCGGCUGCUGAAGCAAACAGAGCUCUAAAAGCUCCGGCAAAAUUGCUAGCACCUCACCCAGCAUCCGCACAUCUGCCAGGAAACAGCAAUGGUGAGAAUGCAGCCAUCCCUGGGUGUCAGCCACAGCUGCCUUCAAGUCUUCAAGCUACCGCUGCAAGCAGGAAGGAUUUAAAUGAAAGGCAUGUUUUGUUAGCAGGUGGGGUCACAGAAAACAGCGGGAGUAUUACUUGUCAUUCGGACUGGGCCGCUGCAAUACCUACACCUGGCUGCAGCACGGCCAAAUGUGAACCCUGGGCAAAAAAUACUUCUGUAAAGAGUGUUCAGACAAGUGCCUGUCAAGGUCAUUCAGUAACCUGCACUGAAAGAAGACCUGCUGAUGCAGAAAAUGGAUUACAUCUCCAUCGUAUCCCAACAGCUGGGAAAACAAGGACCUCGUGGCAAGCAGCUCACACUUCCUGCGCUCCAAAAGACUCUGGUACUGGUGCUAUUCAGCACCGUGUGCCACAUUACAAUAAUUUGCAUAUAACUAAAUGGCAACCUUUUAAAGCAGUGUCCCAUGUUACGAUUGAUGGCAGCAGCCAGACGAGUAGUUUCAAAUCUGCUUCUAGAAUCAAGAAAUUGUUUUCUUUUUCCACAAAUGUUUCAGAAAGCACUCUUCAGUUUCUUGUGGCAGAAAAACUAGCAAGUACACCCAUUGCAGAGGAUGAAAUCCUGGCAGAUAUGGAACGCGUGCAACCAGCCAGGCAGCCCCUGCUGCUUAGCAGGGCUCCAUGUCCAGGCGUGAGCACACUUUCAGUAGAAGAAGAGAAGAUUUUCCAGUCUCUUGAUUGUCUCAAUCAAAGGCUACAAAAUGUUCAAGAAGCCAUUAGCAGAAACCCAUCUGCCUCAAAUGUUUUGCACAUAAUCACCCCUUUACAUGACGAUUCACACGUCAACGAAUUUGACGUGUUUGGUGAUAAACCUGUCUGCAUCGCUAUGUCGGUUUAG